AUGACUGAAUCAGUAGACUCCCGCCUGGACUUCAAGCAAGAUUUAUCAAGCUACGCCAUCAUCCUGGGCAAGAAUAUGCCUCUCUUUGAAGCAUUCACAGUCGCUGCCUGGGUUAAGGUCGAACAAAAUGUGACCAAGAACGAGCCUACUCUGAUCGCCUACUCUGUCGGGAUGGAGAACCAGUUUCACAUCAACAUCGGCAACGAGUUCAUCAUCGGCAUUGGGAAGAACAAUCCUCAGAAGACAAGGAACUGGGGUCUCGAGGUCGGCAAGUGGAUUCACGUGGCAGUUACAUGGGAUAGAGAUGGAUCGUGGAACCUCUACAAAAACGGCGUCCACAAGGCAGGCAACAACAAACUCCCGAUCGCCGAUCACCUCAAAGCCGGAGGGGAGCUCACAAUAGGUCACAUGAUCCAUCGCCUGACCAAUCAUAGCAUCGGGUUCCGGGGCCAGCUGAGUCACGUGCACUUGUGGGAUCAGAUCUUGAACGUGACAUACCUACAGAAUAUAGCCAGCGACUGCACCUUUACGUACUGCGGGAGCGUGGCCGAAUGGGUGGACUUUAGGAGUGGCACGAGGGGUACGUCCAAACUGCGCUGGCCCUCGGGAGUCUUUGACGAGUGCGUUGUCAACAAGGCAGAGACAUGUGAUAGUCAUUGCAGUCAAACAAAUGGUCCACAAUGCAAUCAAGAGUAUGCCAGGAACAUACUUUGGCCUCGUACCCCUACUGGACACAACUCAACUAGACCCUGUCCAGGUAUAUCAUCAGGUUUUGCAAUGCGGAUGUGCAUGGAAGAGGAGGGUCUGGGAGUGUGGAAGGAGGCCAACUUCUCGACCUGUGUUUCGUCUGACCUACGGGAACUUAAACGCGAGAUUGAGGGCAACAUAUCCGACCUCAACAUCCUGAUGUACCUGGAGCGGCUUUACAACUCGACGUCGUCGAAGAAGACGAACCCGUCCGACCUAUCCACCGGCAUCACAUGUAUCCGACUGAUCGUCGACGCCCAAGCGAGGGCGCUGUCUGAUUACCAAUGGACGGAUACCAUGUUAAAGUUCAACAAGAACCGACGGAUACCUGCUUAUCCGCGGAUUGAGGAGACCAACAAAUUCGUCAGGUGGGUAACGGACACUGUCGACAAUAUUAUUGACCAGCGAAACGAGGUCGCAUGGAAUGCUACACGUCCCCGGGGCGCUCAGGCCGUUGAACUCCUCGACGUCAUGGAGAAUUUCGUCAACCUGUUCGCGCGCAGUUUGCUACGUCACACCAAACGAGGAGAUAUCAACGAGUUAGAAGGACAGAAGGCGUUCGACCGGCAAAAUAUCGCCAUUUACGUGGAAACCGUCCGUCCGAUAGACUUUACCGGAUCUUUCUUCCCCGACGUCGCCAAACUUAGUAUGUCAUCGAUGAACUCAGAUGAGGGAAGGGGUGUAAUACCCGACACACUCUUCGAUGACUUGGAUAGUGACCUGCAAGAAACCAGAAUGGCUGUGUUCUACGUUCGCUAUGAGAAAAUUGCGAGAUAUUUACCAAAUCACCCUGAACAAGUAAUCGUAAAAUAUUACCGAGAUAAGGAGAAAGAACAUAAACAUAAAGAGGACAACGUGAAUUCGGUUGUCAUAACAACGGGCGUCUUUGCGGAGACAGACGUCCACGACGCGUUCGCCAAUAUUUCCGACCCUGUCGAAGUUAAUUUCAAAUUUUCAGAUACAUUCAACAUUUCAAAUCCAGAAUGUGUUGCUAUCGACAUACAAGGCGGACCCAAUGAUUGGCAUUGGCGUACCUCUGAAUCCACUAACAUGUCGUCCGAAGGCGAAUUCGCCUCCUGUUUUUAUUACCAGCUCGGUACGUUCGCUGUCACCACAGACAUGUAUAACAUCAACUGGGAUCCCGGAGAACCUCCCCGUUUCGUGAUGACUGCAGCUGGUUACAUUGGAAUCCUCGUUCUCAUCACAAUGCUCAUUAUCUCUCUAUCAGUCUUCUUCUAUCUCAGGUGUACGACUGAUACAGUAGCGGUACAUCGUAACCUGGCUGUAUCGUUGAUUGUCCUCCAUCUUCUUUUCAUGAUUGGUAUCACAAGACAGGAGAAUGCUACUGUUUGCAAGAUAUUUGCCAUCUCGAUCCACUUCUUCUUCACGACGUCCUUCUGUUGGAUAUGCAACGAGGCGUUCAAUCUCUACAUCGAAGUAGCAAAUUCCAUACACUCCGACCAACAGCAGCAAAGACCUAUGCUGCGCUAUUACGUCAUCGGUUGGUUCGUUCCAGCUGUCCUUGUCUUUGCGCUGGUACAAAGCAAGUGGGAAACCUACUUCUCCCCGGAUGUAUGUUUCAUCAAUUUUGAUCACAUAUGGCUUUUCGCUGGACCUGCAGGAGGCUUCUGGGCCAUCACGGUAUUUGUAUUGGUGUACACUGGCAAGGACAUCAUGGAAAGCUCGUAUUCUAAAGAUAAAGAGGCUAAUAAAGUCAUCAGUAACCACUGCAAAGGCUGUUGGAUUCAGGUCGUUCUGAUGGCCAUAGCAUGGGCCUUUGUAAUUAUCUCGGUUGAUUUGUACAGUCUUGUACCGCAGAUCCUUUUUGCCAUGUUUUCUAUACUGCAGGGGGCUUUCUUCUUUGUCUUCUUCUGUGGGCUUGACGGUGAGAUCACAGAAAUAUUAUCGGAGAGGCGCUCAUCCAUGGGGUUCAAUGUGUCCCCGCAUGGACUCCAACGGUCCACCAAGUACAGCGUGUAUAGGAGAUACCUUCCGCCCAGGACUAGCUCUAGAAGGUCACAGGCGCCCUCUCACAUCCAUAGUCCUUCGUCACAUGGCAGUAAUCCAUACCUGACUUCGGACCUACCCCGUGAAAUGCUAGAGCUUCAAUCACACACGAGGGAACGAGGCGGCAGCUGGCAAGGCGGUAGCAGUGACACUAACGUCGGCGGUGCCGGUGGUGACCGCAGUCCUUCACUAGCCCGAUGGGGUUCUACCGCGGUGCAGGCGCUUCGGAGGCAGCAGCAUUUAGCGAGGAAGGACAGUGAUGCUAAGCGGGAGGUACUGUCACGCUUCUUCCGAGAUGAUGAGGUGAGAGGGGCUUUAGACCCGCCUUCGCCGAUCCCCGAGGCAGAACAUGCGAAUGCAGAUGAAGAAGAUCGUCUAGUCACUUCGGUGUAGAACAACAUCCACGGGAGUCAGCGAAAAUGAUGUGUACCCUUCGGAAGACAAGCACGCAAACCAACAUGCGAGCAAAUAUUAACGAAUGAUUAUACUUAGAUGGAGACGACGAACAUUGACAACCAUGAUGUAGAAUUUUUAUAUGCGUAUUUAUACAUUGUUUGGUGUAAAAUAUCUUGAUGAAUGCAACAGCUGCAAAUUGCCAAAUGAGUGAAUUGUUAUAAUGAUUUGUAUCGAUAAAUGCGACACAUGAUGUUAUUAAUUAGAAAUUAAUGGCUGUAGAAUGAAGAGAUAAAUAUAACUCGGAUAUUAAUCAUGAUAUGUACCGAGCCUAUGUGUACAGAACGAACAAGGAUCAAUGGCGUAAUAACUGAUUUUGCAUAAUGAGUAGAGACGUGUUAGAACAAAACCUUCAUCGCCUUGGCGAUAGCGGUCUGCUGCACACGCUGCGUCAUUUUUUAACAUAAGACUGCGUCAGCGACUAGCGCAGAGCUACGUCAGCGAAUAGUGCAGACUUAAACGUUACCUUGUAAGAGUAAUAUAUAACAAAGGGCGAAUACAAACUCAACAGCGCAACCAUUGCGUUGAUUUACUGGCGCAUACAGUAUAUUAUUCUCCUUUGGGUUUAUUAGCGCAGGUCGCAGCGCAAUUAAAAUAUUGUGUGGUGCGUAACAGGCUCUAAAGUUGUUUUAUGUUAGUUAGUGAAUGUUUGAUUCAAAUUUGCUUAAUUACUUCAUAAUACUGAAAAGAGAAUGUUCAAAUUAAUUUCUGUUUCUUGUGAUUUUUUCGGUUUUGUAUGAACUAGAUAUUUUUUUUCCCGCAGAGAGUUUGUGCGAUCGUCAAAAAGUGACUACUGACUAGUAUUUAUGUAUUGAGUUAUGAUGUGGUGAAAGGGGUGGUUGAGAAAGUGAACUGUCGAACGAAAUAACCUGUGACUGAAAACACAUUGCAAUAACCUGAAAUUCCCUGCGAUUAGAAGCACUUUAUACGUGAAAUUCAUUUAAUGUCCUUGGAAGAAAUUAUUGUACUUAUACAAAUAAUGAUAUUGAUGUUAGCUCAAUUUAGUAUCUCUUCCUAUGCAGUAGGGGGGAUUUUAGAGAUUAAUCUUGUUUGAGGGAAAAAUACAUGACGUAUAAAGAUUGUUUUGUAUCGGAGCAUAGGUUUGAAUAGAGUAUACGUUGAAAACUGGUACUCUCUAUAUACAUAUAAUGCCUGCUUUUGCCAAACAUAAACAUUCAAAGCUAUAACGAUAUUUACAUAUGCUACUUCAGUAUUUAUGCAAUACAAUGUUUAAAAUAGAUUUCAUACAGGUAUUAACAAUUAAAUGGAUUUAACAAAUGACUAAAACCGUAUUUGAACCUAUGAAUUAAAUAUGUGCUUCCCUUAUUAACUGAUAAUAACGUAUUUCUAUUGGUGACAACACGCUUCUUUUGGUCUAUACUUGAUAUCAAAAAUUAAAUAUCACAUUUUUUUAUUUUGAAACACAACUGUGAUGUGUGUUGCAUAUCGUAAGAGUUGGUUUCGAAACAUAUAAUCAGAGUAACACGGAAUUAAAUGUAUCUUUGUUUUCCUUUCAAUUUUGUCUACACCGCGUUUUGUAGUCAGUAAAGUUAUCUUCAGUCUGUUUAAUCUCCAAUAUAAUAUGAUUUUACCUAUAAAUGUUAAAUCGGGUUAAAAAUCAGAGAGAAGAAAUAAUAAGGCCGACAUGUGAGGUCUGUCUAUAAAAUAAGAAUACAGAAAUGAAUGAUUAUGUGCAAUCUUUGAAAUAUAUUACUGUGAAAAUGGUAUAUCAUUUUUGUUUAUCUUGUGGAUACAGGAUUUAAAUAUUGAUAAAUAUUUAUACACUACUAUGCCAUAUACACGACAGGGUAAUAAUCUUAAACACAGAUCAUGAAAUUAGAUGAAACUAAAUUAAAUAAUUCGUUCCAAAAACGUUUCGAAACAGAACUCAUUUUAAAAGAUAAGUAUUGAGACUUCCAUUCUCUAUCUGACGCAAAAUUUUUGAAUACUGUAUACCAGGUGGAAAAUAAUUAUCUAUUCAAAGCCCUUGUCAAUAUAUUUCAUGAACCACGCUGGAAAUUCACUUAAAAGGUUACUAAAAUGCUUGAUGAUAUUAUGGAAAGAUUUCGAGAAAGACUUUCGAUGGACAUUAAUAAUGUUGAACAGUAAUAGAAAAGAAAACGUGUGAUGCAGUGGGCUAGGUGUUACAAGAUUUUACAUUUCCUUUAUAAAAAAAAGUUUAGGACAUGUGUCUUUUUUGUUUUCUAUACAUUUAGGCAUUUUUAUUUCUUGUAUGCAUUUGAAGAAUAGAAUUGGAUAUUUGCAUUAAUAAAAUCUUGACAGAAAACAGAAUUGACCAAAACAA